UCUAAUUAUAAAUUCAUUCAUCUUUUAUAGUAUUGUGUAAUAUUCAAUAACUCUAAACCAAUAGUAAUGUAAUAAAUUCAAUAAUAUUUAAUUAUUACUUUUUGACGUUUAAAUUUUAUUUAUAUAACUAGUAUAAAGGCAUUAUAAAGCUUCAAAAUCUAUCUUGGUUAAUCAGAAAGAAAGAAAAACUAAAAAUCCUCAUUUUAGAAAAAGCGGGAGUAUGAUUUGCUUGUGCUACUGCUGAAUUUCUCUAAAAUUUAAAUAUGAUCUUGUAAGAGUUAAGAGUUCAAUACAUAAUUUCAUAGCUAGAAUUUGUUUUGUCAAAUAUGGUUAGUUUAAAGAAAUUGACAUGUGACCCUUAUUUUUUUUGAUCAAGACAUGAGACCCUUAUAAGUAGUUUACAUGUCGUUUUAAACUACAUCAUUUCCACCUUUUUUAAUAUUUAUAUGGAGGAAAAUGUGACACAUCUUUCUUCAGCCGUCACAUACAAAUGCCAACUUCGCUAUGUAAAUACCUCCGUAAUAUAUAUAUAUAUAUAUAUAUAAUAUAGCUAGAGAUAACGCACCAAACAAUUAUUCGAUGAAGAUGAUAAAGUAAUCAUAGAGUAGUUCGAGAGAUAUGAUGAAUAUUCGAUGAAGAUGAUGAAUACAAGUCCAAAAACUUAGAACCUAAAGCUGAGCGUCUUUACAUAUAUAUAUGAAAAAAAUUACUGUCAGACGAUUCAAUCUAACAUUCUACAAUACACCAUAGCUUCUGAAAUUAUGUAUACAUCAUCACAUUUUUAUAUCAUAUGCUCAUUAUAAACUUCAAAAAAUUUACUAAACACCAUAUUUUAGUAUGUUCAUGUAACAUUUUGGAUAGUUCAAAUAUUAGCAAUUUGUUUAAUUCAAUACAAUUUCAUACCUCAACCUUGGAUAUAAUAUUUAGUGAUUCUGAUCCACCUUAAAAAAGAUAUGUAUGUUUUUUGCUUUACAUUAUUUUAGAAAUUUAAUUUUUAUAUUUAAGAUUUUUAGUCAUAUUUAUGUUUUUUUGUAUAAUAUAUUUUUUUAAAUGAUUAAUAAAAAGUUUUAAUAAUUGUAUUAAAAUAAUUGGGCCACACUUAUAUCAAUAGAUCAUAUUGCUAUUUUAACAGAAUAGAUUCUUGUUUAAACAAUAAGAGGUAACAAUAUUUAAUUGGUUUGAACUUUGAACAUUUCAAACCAACUUUUUUUUAUCAUACCAAAAGCUUUCUAUACCCAAAAACUAAUCACUACGAGGUCUGUAGCAUCCGCGUUUUCUUACCACGCACCGGAUGGCCAAGAGGAAUUGAACCCAGGGCGGUACUCACACCUGUGAGCUAUUUACCAUUAGGCCAAGACCACUUGGUUAAAAAAUAGACUAUAUUUAUAUAUUUGAUUUAAUCAUUAUAAACUGCUUUAUGCUUAAGAAAAUACAUUUAUCAAAACUUCUGCUGUGUAUAUAAUUAACCCUAACGCAUGUUUCAUCUGUCGCUACCAAAUAACAAACUAAAAAGAUCUUAUUUUUUCUCAUCCAAAUUUUUCAUGGAGAGUUCAAUGAACAAAGCGUUCAUGACGAGCAAGCAUGAAACGGCAACGUUUUCAAGCGACCAAACUCCAGAAGAAAGUAGCUGGACAAUGUAUUUCGAAGAUAUCUUUGAGUCUUCUUCAAGUAUUGUCGAUGUCGGGGAGUUCAGCUCUUCCUCCGUCUCCGACGCAAUGUCUUUCGUAGCGACUAAGAAGACCCUCCACGUUUCUAAACAAGAAGCAUCUAAUUCUUCAAACAAAUUCAAAACUAAGAGGACAGGAAAUAGAGAGAUUCCUUUUGGUCGUCAUCAUGAUCUUGAAGACACUGCCUCUUCUCCCUCACGCAGCCCUAACGUCUAUAGCAUGAUGACCUCAUUGGACGACAACACGAGACACGGGGGUGGCGUAGUUGGUGAAAACACAAAUAAUGUAGUGAAAGGAGAGAAUGCAGUGCACAACCAAGUUGGAUUAUCGGUAGAUUUGAAGCAAAAAGGGCUUUGUUUGGUUCCCAUGUCUAUGGUCACCAAAUUUCUUGGUUAAUUAUAUACAUAAUUCCUUAUUCAUUUUCAAAAUGAACUUUUCUUUCUCUUACAAUACUAUUAUUUUAUUAGUAAUACGUGCGUGUGUAACAAAUUACGUUUUGCACGUGAGUUUUAUGGGCAUUCCUAUUAUUAUCUGAAUACAUAUUUUUUUAUAAUAA